GGUACUAUUCUACCGGUUUUCAUCAACUUCGCGCCGUUAUUUCGGAGUGCCCUGAGUUCAUCGGUUACGCUUCAAGAAAUCCCAGACGCCGGAGUCCGGGUAACGUGAUCAAACUAGUCAUUAUGGAACUGCAUGGCAAUGUGAAUCAAUCCGUGCGAGUUGACGAGAGCAGUCUGGAAGGAAAGCAACCUGCAUUAAUCGGCCAUACCGCCGGCCAUUUUCAACCACCUGAGUUGACCCAAUCAAAAGGUUAUUCAUCCAGUGUGAACAUAGCAGUGCAUAGUGAGUACUCAAGUUCAACUGUUCUCGACCAAAUAGUGCUGCUACGGAGGAAAAAUAUGGUACUAUAUUCUGUGCACUUGAAUCAUCAACUAGCUGCUGCCUCAUCUCAGGCCGCGCAGGAUGAUGUGCAGCAUU